AGUGGUUCACAAGCAGAACGGCCUACUCAAUGACCCACUGAGCAGAUUCAACCUCGAAUGUAAUUUGUAAACAUUCAAUCGUCACCCUGGCAUGGCAUAACAAGGUCCUUAUCGCACGAUCUUUGCCCAGGUGCCUGGGUAACGUAUCAGGGAGAGGUUGGUCAUAAACUAACCGGCAAUGUUGCCGCUACGCUCAAAAAUUCGGCUGGGAUCGGGGAACGUGAAGAAAACUUGUCAAAAAUUAAAAAGCGGUUCACUUUCACUUAGACAAGAACAUAAACAUAGGUUUCUCUUCACACGAACAGGAGUUUCAUCUGCCUGGAAUCAUGACGGGCGUGUUAGACAAGCCUCUACAUCUGCAGAGUCGUCCGUCGGUUUGCCAGACCAAGCAAGGGUGGUCAUAUGCGGGGGCGGGGUGAUAGGAACCUCGGUCGCCUACCACCUGGCAGAGUUAGGAUGGUCAGAUGUCGUGUUAUUGGAGCAGGGGUCGCUCUCCUGUGGUACGACAUGGCAUUCUGCUGGCUUGAUUGGCCAGAUGAAGGGGAACACGGCUUUGAACAAACUUUACAUGUACAGCCGAGACCUGUAUAAAAGGUUAGAGGACCAGGGAGAGGCUACAGGCUUCAAACCCUGUGGCAGUAUCAGCAUUGCUAGAACACACGACAGAAUGGUGGCCAUGAAGAGGAACGCUGCUGUUGCCAAAACAAUUGGACUUGAGUGCCAUGAAAUAACCCCUAAGGAGGCCCUUGACCUUGCCCCUUUGUUGAGGACAGAUGAUAUUGAGUAUGCCCAGUUCUUCCCAACUGACGGAGCAGCCAGUCCUAGUGACAUUGUCAAUACAUUUGCCAGACUGGCCAAGCAGAAAGGCGUUAAGGUAAUUGAGAAGUGCCAAGUUAACCAGGUACUAACAGAUGAAAAACACAAGGAAGUGAGGGGAGUGGACACCAACCUGGGGACAAUACGAUGUGAAUAUUUUGUCAACUGUGCAGGGCAGUGGGGACGUGAACUUGGGAAGCGAAGUGAGCCCCGUGUUAGAGUACCUCUGCACUCAUGUGAACACUAUCACCUGGUUACUAAACCAUUUGGUGUGGAUCCUAUGAUGCCAGUUAUUCGUGACCCAGAUGGUGCUGUCUAUUUCCGUGAGUGGAGUGGAGGGAUACUUGCUGGAGGGUUUGAGCCCACUGCCAAGGCCGUCUUCCACGAACACAUCCCAGAGAAGUUUGAGUUCCAAUUACUUCAGGAAGACUGGGAUCACUUUCAGAUCCUUCUUGACCAGAUUCUUCACAGAAUACCUGCCAUGGAGUCAGCGGAGGUCCGACAGCUGACCAAUGGUCCAGAAAGCUUCAGCCCAGAUGGAAGAGCUAUUGUGGGAGAAUGUCCUGAGAUAAGGAAGUACUUUGUAGCAGCAGGGAUGAGUAGCUUGGGUAUCGUCUCAGCAGGUGGAAUUGGCCACGCCGUCGCGGAGUGGAUCGUCAACGGAGAGCCCACUUGGGACCUUUGGGCUGUGGACGUCAAGAGAUUUGUUGACCUUCACAACAACAAGAAGUUUUUGAGAGACAGGGUGAAGGAGGUGUUAGGGACAACAUACAGCAUACCGUAUCCAGAGUGUGACUACAGGUCGUCCAGGAAGUUACGGACCUCACCUCUCUACCCCAUACUACUGGAGCAGGGGGCAGUGUAUGGUUCCACCAUGGGGUUUGAAAGACCUCUGUAUUUUGAGGAACAAACCAGAGAUAAAGAAUACUUGCGCUACUCUUAUGCCAGAACCCCGCCUUUAAAAACAAAAGAGUACACUGACAACACCAUCCCCCGCCUUACCUUCUAUCGGCCAUCUUGGUUUGAUGCAGUGGCGUCUGAGUACUGGGCAUGCAAAGAAGGGGUUGGCCUGUUUGACAUGUCUUAUGUUACCAAGAUAGAACUAAAGUCUGCGGGUACGGAAGUUGUGGACUUUCUCCAGAAGAUGUGCUCCAAUGACAUAGACAAGCCAGUGGGUACAGUCAUCCAUACAGGGGUACACAACCACAAGGGGGGCUAUGAGAAUGACUGUAGUCUAGCCAGGGUAGCAGAGAAUUGCUAUAUGAUGAUAUCUCUAUCAACCACUCAGACACGUGCCUACAAUUGGUUGUCACAGCAUUUGCCUGCUAACGGCUCAGUUAUCCUCAGCGAUGUCUCAUCCAUGUAUACAACACUCAAUGUGAUUGGUCCAAAAGCCAAAGACUUCCUGCAUGAGUUGGCAGAAAUACCUCUCCACAUAACAAAGUUCCCCUCCAUGACUGUCAAGACGAUGUACCUGGGCCAUGCCAGUGGUAUAAAAGCCAUGCGUCUUACCCACACUGGAGACGACGGCUGGAUGUUGUAUAUACCUUCAGAGUAUGCCCUCCAUGUGUAUGACACCCUGAUCAGCUCGGGACAUGACUAUGGUCUGAAGAACGUGGGACUGAUGGCACACAGGAGUCUGAGGAUAGAGAAGUACCUGGCCUACUGGGGCAUUGACCUGGACUCCAACUCUACACCUUUAGAAUGUGGGAGAGAUUUCAGAGUGAAAAAGAAUAAGCCAUUUAUAGGACAAGAAGCCCUGCUGAAGCAGAAAGAAGAGGGAAUCAAGAAGAGAUUUGUCCAACUCCUCGUUGAAGACCACGACAACCAUAGUGACCCCUGGCCUUGGGGAGGAGAACCCAUAUAUAGAAAUGGGAAAUUUGCCGGCAUGACCACCUCGGCUGCUUAUGGGUUCUCCCUCGAAUCCCACAUCUGCCUGGGCUAUGUCCAGGAUUUCACAGACAACACAGGGAACAGGAAUAUUAUCAAUGAGAACUGGGUGAUGGACCCUAAUGCUAAGUAUGAGAUCGAUAUAGCCGGCAGACGGUUCCCUGUGAAAGUGGGCAUAUCGGCUCCCAAGUCCCCUUACAUGCCCACACAGCAUAACCUGGAUGAUCAUUACCCCAUGUACGAGACACAAUAAGGAGAGAUUGUCCGUGUCUGGAUUUUUUUUAUAAAACUUACACACAUCUUAAAAUUUAUCAUGUUUUUCUUUUGAAUUACUUUUGGAAAAAUUAUAAGUUACAAUUUUAAAGCCUUUUGAAUUUAAUGUAUGUGAAAUUUUUAACUUAAAAAAAACCUUGCAUCCUGAAAAUAAUUUUAUAGAAAAAUUCUAUUUGUGUUUGUGAUAAAAAAGUUGUAAGGUAGAAUGCUAUCAGCAAAUGUAUGUUAGGAGUUGCAUUUCUUGUUGUAUUGUUUCUGGUAAGUUUUAUGAAAACUGUAGCCCCUGGGUCAGUUUCAAUGAGUUCAGAUAAUGAGUAGGUGAUAGAUGAGGCAGUGUGUAGUAGAAGUUUUAUCUAACCCUGUAUGUAGCCAUAUAUGGCCCUUUAACUCGUAAAUAGCUUUAGGUGAAAACGGGCAUAAAAAUCAUUCUAUUAUUGCUGCCUUAUAAAUGAAAAUUGAAUUUCAAUGAAAUAUAUGGGAAAUACAGGGUAUCAAACAAAAAAAAAAACAUAUUUGCUCAAAACUAAAAUGACUGUCAUGAGAUCACCUAAUGUUACCAAAGAAAACUGAAGGCCAGAUGCUUUUAAUAAAAAUAUAAAAAUUAACUAUGCAAUAAAAGUGAACCAAAUUUUCUCCCCUUUUUACGAGAUUACCUUUCCACACAUUUCUAAGGUACUUCCUAGUUAAAGCAGAAUGUUGCAGAUCUUCAAGGCUGCUGUAUGGUAGAGUUUAUAAGUGUCAAAGUGAUG